CUUUCGCUUAAUUAAAAAUGCAAUUCAGAACUUUGUCUCCACUUGCUUUGGCUUCCGCUGCUUUCGCUGCUUACUCUAACGGCACCGUCUCUACCAUUACUUACGAGACCACCAUUUCUGAGGUUGUCACUGCUUUGACUACCUACUGCCCAGAGCCAACCUCUAUUGUCACCAACGGAAAGACUUACACCGUCACUGGUGCCACCACCUUGACCAUCACCGACUGCCCAUGCACCAAGGAGGAGGUCAUUACCACCACCACUAUCACCACUUGCCCAGUUUCUUCUGCUACUUCCUCUGCUGCUGCUUCCUCUGCUCCAGUCAUCUCCACUGCUGAGAACGCUGGUGCUAAGGUUGGUGCUGCUGGUUUGGCUGCCGUUGCCGGUGCUGCUGCUUUCUUGCUCUAAGCAUCUUAAAUCUAUAGUACCCUUAAUAAGCGUUUUUAAUUAAUUAC